GCCGGGUUACCAUGCUGCCCCUUAUCUCGGCCCCGCACAAUGACAGGGUCAGUGCACACGUGAGUUCCCUUCAGUUGUCAGGGGCCGGUCAGCCAUUUUCUAUGAGACGCUUUGUUUUCCCAGCGGCCAUGUUCUGGAUGGGAGGUCUCGUUGCCCUGCCCCUGUCAGGCGUGUAGAUGGCAGUGUCGGCUCGGCCGUGUGUGCAGGCAGGGGCCGCGCCUCGCUCCCGGAGGAGGGGAUAAAACAUGAACGGUGUAUGGCGCGGCGGCUUGUUCGGGCUUCAUCGAGCCGCGUUUGCUUGUAGUCCCGGAAGGCCUCUGGCGUGUCGCCGCUGGCUCAGCAUGCAGCACCGCUACACUACCGAGGAGCGGGGGCGGCCCAACACUGCCGAGUAUCGGCUUUACUUCAAGAAUGAAGAAGGUAAAUUCAUCUCACCUUUUCAUGAUAUCCCACUGUAUCUAAGGACUGAAGAGGACAAUAAUGUGCCAGCAAAAAAAUCGAAGUCUAACUGGACUAAGAACCUGUUUAACAUGGUGGUCGAAGUGCCACGAUGGACAAAUGCCAAAAUGGAGAUUGCAACAAAGGAGUCCUUAAAUCCAAUUAAACAAGAUAUAAAAAAAGAAAAACUUCGAUAUGUGUCAAAUAUCUUUCCUCACAAGGGAUACAUUUGGAACUAUGGCGCUUUACCUCAGACCUGGGAAGAUCCUAGUCAUAAAGACAAAGAUACAAAAUGCUGUGGAGAUAAUGAUCCUAUUGAUGUCUGUGAAAUCGGCUCAAAGGUUUGCUCUAGGGGAGAGGUAAUUCAAGUAAAACCGCUUGGAGUUUUAGCCUUGAUAGAUGAAGGAGAAAUGGACUGGAAGAUUAUUGCAAUCAAUAUUGAAGAUCCUGAAGCCGACAAAUUCAAUGACAUUGAUGAUGUCAGAAAGUUAAAACCAGGCUAUCUCGAGGCUACUGUUGAUUGGCUAAAAACUUACAAAGUGCCUGAUGGAAAACCUGAAAACCAGUUUGGGUUUAAUGGCCAGUUUAAAGAUCAGGCGUUUGCAGUUGAAGUAAUCAAAGAAACUCAUGAACAUUGGCUAAACAUGGUUCAUAAGAAGUCGGAGUGUGGUGAUAUAGUGUGUAAAAAUGUUCUGAUCAGUGAUAGUCCUUUCUGCUGCAGUGAAGAAGAAGCGGCUGCUAUAGUCCAAUCUGCACUAUUGCCAGGGGAAUCAAGUCCUGUGCCCCCUGAAGGUCAGUAUGGAUAUUGUUUUUACAUUUCUGGACAUAGGGUUUUAUUUCUUUAUUAGUAAGCAUAGAGGUCCAUUUUCAAGGGUAAUCCCUUUGUACCUGUUAGUGACUUGCUAGAAGAACAUAUUACAAAGACCAGUUAGUGUUUGAAAUAAAAUUGCCACCAAAUACAACAAUAUCUACAUCUUACAUGGCCUGAAUAGUGACACACAUGGUGGCUUAAAUGUUUUGUGGCUUGAAUACUUGCAGUGUGUUCAUGGGAAAAAGAGAGGGAAAUAUUAUUAGAUUCCCUUAGUAAUGCAACAUUAGGGUUUGGCCUUCCUAUCUCCAUUGAAGUAAGAUUGCUCUUGAGAAUUGUUAUGGCAGCUGCAAUGAUUAUUGUAGUAGUUAGAAUAACAGGUGGCCAUAACUUCACACUGUUGGUUUCUCUGUAAGUUAUUGUAGUCUAGUAGAAAUAUGUUGAUUCCACAGACAAACUUUUAAUGCCUAAUACGGUUUGGAGCAUGUGAGUUCAUGCAUAUGCCCACCAACUUCUGCAGCUCCAGGUAUUACCUGGCAUCAUCUUUAGACUGCUUCAUUCAAUGUUCUUUCCAAAUGCUGAAUUGUAAUUGUUGACUGUCUUAGUAAUCUGGGACUUUUUCUUUUGCAGUUGAUAUAUGGCAUUUCAUAAAAAAGUGAUCCAGUUCCUAGCUAUGCUUGAGCACAUUAAGAAAUUUAGACAAUGUAUCUUGGGUGUGUGUGUGUGUAUAUAUUAUUUUAUUACAUCAUGGCUUCUGAUAACUGUGUAAAUAAACACAUUUUCUUCUGUUAAAGUUC